GCGUCUCGACUCUCCAUGCACUCUUCUACUUGUCUUUCUUGUCUGCGGGUGGUCCAACGCACUAGUGCUGACUGUGUAUGCAACUCAUGUUUGAAGCCUUGAUGUUCUCGCGGAGGCUGGCAUCUCUACGCAAGCCACAUGUCCGCCGCCGACGCCUGCAGAACAGCGCCUUCAGUUUGGAACAAAACACACGGGCACGACGGUCUUCUCAGCCUGGACAAACGCCUUUUAGUCCCGUGAAUCAGGCUUUAUCUACCUAGUUGCAGACAGACUGGUCCCUCGCUCUCGUUAUUCGCCCGCCUGUACUCUCCCGCUCCGAGUCGACUCCGCUAUGUACAACGAAUCUCAAGGAGGCGUUCACCUGGAGCCGCCGAAGUUUCCGCUCCCCUCGCGCUCAACUUCGUCUAUACUCUCCCAGGAUGGGUUGACUUCCAGCACGGAUACGCACGAUAAGCGUGUGUCGCUCACCGUGAACUACCUACCAGCGAAGUUUUCAACAACCCUCCUUUCUGAGGGCCCGAAACGACGAAAGGUGUGGAGAAACAGCGACAGUCCGUUGCCAAAGCAGGGCGGUGGACGCGAAGCAUUUAGGCGAAACGAAGCGCGUAUGCCAGGGGAGGACGACGAAGACCUUGACGGCGUCGAGUUCGACCACCAUACCAGAGGGCACCUUAAACCUAAGCAACGGUGGAAUCGAUUCAAAUGGACGCUCUUUGUUUCGAAUGUCAUUUUCACAAUCUAUUGCGUUGCUACCCUGGUCGUCUGCCUCUUGAUCUGGUUCGACGUCUGGGAGCACGCGGAUAUUAUCCGCGUAGGCAACCAGCCAGAAUUGAUCGUAUCGACAUGUGCCGCAGCCCUGGGCAUACUCACAGCCCUCGUCGGGUGGUCUGGCAUCCUGCUGAACAACCGCGCGUUCCUAUCAGUAUACUGCACCCUGCUUUGGGCUAUCUUCGCACUCCUCGUGACGCCGGGUUAUAUCGCAUACAAGCGACGCGCAUUCAACCUCGAGGGCAAGAUCAACCAGCAGUGGUCGCAACAGCUCGGGCUCGACGGACGAGUGCGCAUCCAGAAUCAGCUCCACUGCUGCGGCUACUUCAGUCCCUUCGUGGAGGCUACCGCUAGCGCGACGUGCUAUGCACGUAGCGUUCUCCCCGGGUGCAAGGCGCCGUACAUCAAAUUCGAGCGGAAGAUCCUCGAGUGGUGGUACACCGUCGUGUUCGCACUCGCGCCCGCGCAGAUUGCGGUCAUGACUGCUGGCCUCUUGUGCUCGAAUCACAUUACGUACCGAUUUGGGAAAGGCAUGAUGCCCAAGGCGUAUCGCCUCGAUUCGCGGAGUCUCGCUGUGAUUAUGGACAACUAUGCAAGUCACUUGGCCGAGGAAUAUGGCACGGAAGUCGCGUCGGACAUCGUGUCGAAGUCCCGUUCUAGCCUCAAGCUGGAUGCGAUGCCUACUGCCUCCUACACCCGUAGUAGGUCAUCCUCGCUCUUCAAUAGGGUUGACAGCUUCCUCGGGAGGGCAGCCCGCAAGUAGAAUCAUGGACUCCCACUUAUCCAUGCUCAUUUCGCUCCGACCCUCGUGUAUUGUCGCCAGUAGUCACCACACGACAGACUUGCGUAUUUCCGUUUGUUCCAUAUUGUCUUCAGCAAGGUGACGUCUAACGGUUUGAUAGACAAGGUACGAACCCAUUAUGCUUGCUUCUCCACAUCCUGUGGCAUCCGUUCUAGGGCACUUCCGGAACGGCCGCAACCCCGCGCUUGCCGCUUGCACUGCUGUGCCCCGCCUUCGGGAUACGUGGCAUCAUUGCAAUAUGGGUUCGGCAUGUUGUAGCUUUUAGCGGUCUUUGACAGGUAUUUGAUGCGGCUAGACAUGAGCAACUCCUCACGAGGCUCCCUACGCCGCUUUGUACUAUGGAUUGCAACCG